AUGCCCGCACGACUCAAUUGCUCGCCGGCCCGUGUCGCCGGCCGCGUGCUGCGACCCCAGAGCGCAUCUUCUCUGUCGAGGGCGUCUGCUGCCAUUCCAGCCGUGCAGCAGCAGACCGGCGUACCCUCAAGACAGUACGCUGCCGCCGCCUCCCCCAUCCCGCUGGCAGCCCUCCGCCUGCCAGAGAACUACAUCCCCCCGACCAAGCCGCCGUCCGCGCGCCCGGUCGAGUCGCGCAAGUCCCAGCUGCUGCGGUCCUAUACCGCCCUCCUGCGGUCGACGCCCCUGAUCCUCUUCUUCCAGCACAACAACCUUACGGCCGUGGAAUGGGCCGCCGUCCGUCGCGAGCUGCGGAAAGCUCUCGAGGAGGUACCCAAACCGGUCGCGGGGCCGGACGGAGGCCUGCCCGUUGACCCGACCGACUACAUCCAGCUCACCGUUCUGCGGACGCGCAUAUUCGACGUCGCCUUCAAGGUCGUUGAGUUUUUCGAUGCCGAGGCGGCGGCGGGCAAAUCAAACGCGUACACACACGACCUGUCGGCCACCGCGUACGAGGCUAUCAAGAAGGCGAACCUGGAGGACCCGAACAGCACUUAUGCCCAGAUCAGCCCUCUGCUCACCGGGCCUGUGGCCGCCCUGACGAUGCCUACUGUCAGCCCGGCGCACCUGGCUGCUGCGCUGAAGAUUUUGGCACCGAGCGCACCGGCGUUCCCUGCGCCAACGAGGAAGAAGAACCCUGGUUACCACGAGCCUGUUGCCCAGAGUGCUUUUCAGAAGCUUCUCCUGAUUGGUGGCCGCGUCGAGGGCAAGGCGUUCGACCAGGACGGAGUCAAGUGGGUCGGAGGCAUCGAGGGUGGUCUGGACGGCCUGAGGAGCCAGUUGGUGUCCAUGCUCCAGAGUGCCGGCCUGGGUCUCACGACCGCGUUGGAGGGCCACAGCAAGGGUCUGUGGCUGGCGCUGGAAGGCCGGAGGACACAGCUGGAGGAGGAGCAGAACCCUAAGAAGCCGGAGGAGGGAGAGGCCAAGGCCGAGGAGAGCAGUUGA